GCCUGUGCUUGCGCCGGACAGCGCAGAGGGUCGACAUUCGUGUGCGGAACUGAGUCGGGGUAGACUUGGGGAAAGAUGGAUCGGGAGACUGGGGGACCGGGUCCUGGCGCCCGGAGUAGUGCCUGCUUCCCAGAACCACGCCCCCCCCGUUUCCCCGCCCCUCGGAUUUCGUUUUAGACCUCUCCCAGUCCUCCGGGACUCAAUCUGGUUUACACCGGGUCGCGCUAGGAACAGAGUGACCGGCCCGGGUCGAGAGAGGAUGUUUAACUCUUUAGGCUUUAAUUCCUUCCUCCUUGUCCCUCUCUCCCUUUCUCGUUCGGACACCCAGGACUUUCAUCCCCCAGGCCCUGACAGUCUCCACAGCUGUCUCCUCCUGUCCCAUAACCCCUGUGGGUUCCUCGCCUCACUUCGGGUCCCUAAGGCAGCGAGCAGCUGAGGGUUAAGGGGGCGGGGCCGCUGCAUUUUUUGGGAGUGAGCGCAUCCUAGCGGCUGCCAAGAGGGGCGCCCGGCAGGGACCUCUCGAAGCCCCCGAGCAGGGGCAACAGGUGUUUUGGAGAUUAAGGAUCCCGAUCUUGUUCCUUGGACUCCCCCUAAAGCAGCAGACCCGCGAGGGUGCUGGGUGGAGUGGGGUCUGCAGGAGAGGAAGACAGGUGAAGUAAAAAGAGACAACUAAGAAAUCAGCGCGGCCGGUCUGUGUGGAUGGGAUGGGGACGCCAGGGGAGGGGCUGGGCCGUUGCUCCCAUGCCCUGAUCCGGGGGGUCCCGGAGAGUCUGGCGUCAGGGGAGGGCGCGGGGGCUGGCCUCCCGGCUCUAGACCUAGCCAAAGCUCAGAGGGAGCAUGGGGUUCUGGGAGGUAAACUGAGGCAACGAUUGGGGCUGCAGCUAUUAGAACUGCCUCCUGAAGAGUCGCUGCCGCUGGGACCGCUGCUUGGCGACACCGCUGUGAUCCAAGGGGAUACGGCCCUCAUCACGCGGCCCUGGAGCCCCGCCCGCAGGCCGGAGGUCGAUGGAAUCCGCAAAGCCCUCCAGGACCUGGGGCUCCGAAUUGUGGAGAUGGGAGACGAGAAUGCGACGCUGGAUGGCACUGAUGUUCUCUUCACCGGCCGGGAGUUUUUCGUAGGCCUCUCCAAGUGGACCAAUCACCGAGGAGCUGAGAUCGUGGCGGACACAUUCCGGGACUUUGCCGUCUCUACAGUGCCGGUCUCGAGCCCCUCCCACCUGCGUGGCCUCUGCGGCAUGGGGGGACCUCGCACUGUCGUGGCCGGUAGCAGCGAGGCUGCCCAAAAAGCUGUCAGGGCAAUGGCAGUGUUGACGGAUCACCCCUAUGCCUCCCUGACCCUCCCAGAUGACGCAGCAGCUGACUGUCUCUUUCUGCGUCCUGGGCUGCCCGGUGUGCCCCCUUUCCUCCUGCACCGUGGAGGUGGGGACCUGCCCAACAGCCAGGAGGCACUGCAGAAGCUCUCUGACGUCACCCUGGUACCUGUGUCCUGCUCGGAACUGGAGAAGGCAGGCGCUGGGCUCAGCUCCCUCUGCCUGGUGCUCAGCACACGCCCCCACAGCUGAGAGCCUGGCCUGGGGGUCCCGGCUGACCAGGGGUAGGGUGGCAUAGGAGUAGAAGGGGAAGGAAGGUUAGAUAGAGGACAGUGAAUAGGUAGUAGUGGGGAGAUGGCCAGAAGGUAGGGGGAGGGCAUAGAGUGAGAAAAAGGAUAGAGGCCACUGGGUGAGUCCUCUCCUCGAGAACUAGUAAAAUAGAACUGAACUUUUCGACUGGGCUGAGACUGGUGUCUUAUUGGGGCAGAGGGACAAGGGUGGGGCUGAAACCUGAGCUUGGGGUCAGUGCUGGGAAGGAAGGCUCUAUCAUUCAUCAAACCCUCAUUCAAAACAAAACAAAACAAAACCCUCGCUCACUGACUCAUUGCCCAGCCCUGUCAUAGGUACCUGGGCACAAGAUGGACAGGACAGGAUUUCUAUGAUGGGAAGCAUGUGCAAGGCAGAGAAGAGAAAAUAUGGGUGAAUCACUCACUGAAUCUAUCUAAAUGUCAGAUGAUUCAGAGACUGGGAGAUCAACAGCCCAUCCCUAGUUGAUAGCAGGAAAUGACAUUUCCAGGGACAUUCAUUUUCACUCAUUUACUGAGGCUUAGCGGUGAUAUAAAAAGGGUCAGUCUCCUGAUAUUAGGGGACUCACAGUACAUGAAAAUUUCUUAUAAAUUGAAACAUAGGUUUUAAUGGAACAAUUCAUAGGAGGCUGUUGCUAUGAGAGAAAUAAGGGGGCUCCCGAGGGCAUCAAAGUGUAUAUGCACGGGUGGGCAAAGAGAGUCACAAAUAGCUUCCCAGAGAAGACUACACUUGAACUGAGUCCUGAGGAUACAUAAGAAUUAGCCAGGCAGAUAGUGGGGAGGAGGCAAAGGGUAAUCCAGGAAGAAGGAACUGCACUGGGCAAAGGCAUAUUUGGGGAGUGGGGAGAAUUUCUCUAAAGCUCUCAUGUUCUAGGCAUUGAGUGAUGGAGAUAAGCCUGGAGAGUAAGUAGAGUACUGUAGCACCUUGAACCCAAAGCUGAAGCCCAUGGGCCCAGAGCUGAAAUACUGCCGAAAUAUGGGCUGUCAGGAGCAGGUUAGCAUUUGAGGAGAAUAUCUGUAGCUUCAGGGAGGAGAGCAAGGGCAGGAGGAUGAGAUGGGGCUUUGGGCAAUCCAGAGAGGAAAUGAAGAGAGUACAUUCAUGUGGCAGUGCUGGGUGUGAAAAGGGUAUGGAUUUGACAGUGACAUUACAAUAGGAAGACAGGACUUGGUUUAUCAUGUGGGAGUGAGAAGAAGAAGGUCGACAUGACUCUCAGUUUCUGGCUUGGGCAAUGGGGUUGAUCAAGAGAAAAGGCAGAGGAGGAAGGAUUAAGUAAGUGGCUAAGGAGAUGACAGUGAGUUGGGUUUUGGACCCACUGUGUGCAAAAUGCCUAGGGCCAGCCAGCAGGGAUGUCUGAGGGGCAGUUUGGAAACCUCAUAUCAGAGAUCUGAACUGGAGAGAGUUCUGGGUGUUGUUUGCAGAGAAAAAGGCUGAGGACUGGCUGUGGAUGACAACAUCCCAGGAGAGGGCAAAGGCAGAUAAAGAAAAAGACAAA